AUGGUUGGUGGAGGAGGAAGGGUUAGUGAUAAUAAAUGCGUGAGAGGGUGGAAGAGAUUAAGGACAGACACUGAAACAAGAACAGGGACUCACUCCAAGGACCAAGGAGAGAGAAAAAGUGAAGCUGCUGCUGUGGGGCGUGUGAAGUGUGAAAGCCGCGAAAGAAACUGGGCAUUUUUCUGUGACGUGGCGGUUCGGGAUUGGGAACCGGGCGGUUACGUGGCUCCGUUCUCAGUUAUAGCCGAGCGGUGGGGAUUCUUUGCGAUGACGUCACUCCCACACCUCACUCACGAUAACAGGUUCGGUUUGAUAUGA